AAGAAAAAGUGGCCCCGGACGCGUGUGCCUGAGGAUUCUGCACAAAAGAGGUGCCCAAAAUGAAGACCCUGAUGCGCCAUGGUCUGGCAGUGUGUUUAGCGCUCACCACCAUGUGCACCAGCUUGUUGCUCGUGUACAGCAGCCUCGGCGGCCAGAAGGACCGGCCCUCGCAGCAGCAGCAGCAGCAGCAGCAGCAGGCAGCGACCGGCAGCGCGCAGCCGUCGGCGGAGAGCAGCCCCCCGUCGCGCCCCGGGGCCCCCGCAGGACCGCGACCGCUGGACGGAUACCUCGGCGUGGCGGACCACAAGCCCCUGAAAAUGCACUGCAGGGACUGCGCCCUGGUGACCAGCUCGGGGCACCUGCUGCGCAGCCGGCAAGGCCCCCACAUCGACCAGACCGAGUGCGUGAUCCGCAUGAACGACGCCCCCACGCGCGGCUACGGGCGCGACGUGGGCAAUCGCACGAGCCUGCGGGUCAUCGCGCAUUCCAGCAUCCAGAGGAUCCUCCGCAACCGCCACGACCUGCUCAACGUGAGCCAGGGCACCGUGUUCAUCUUCUGGGGCCCCAGCGGCUACAUGCGGCGCGACGGCAAGGGCCAGGUGUACAACCACCUGCAGCUGCUGAGCCAGGUGCUGCCGCGGCUCAGGGCCUUCCUGGUCACGCGCCGCAAGAUGCUGCAGUUCGACGAGCUGUUCAAGCGGGAGACCGGCAAGGACAGAAAGAUCUCCAACACGUGGCUCAGCACUGGCUGGUUCACGAUGACGAUUGCGCUGGAGCUCUGCGACAGGAUCAAUGUGUAUGGCAUGGUGCCCCCGGACUUCUGCAGGGAUUCCAAUCACCCUUCAGUCCCUUAUCACUAUUACGAACCUUUUGGGCCAGAUGAAUGUACAAUGUACCUCUCCCAUGAGCGAGGGCGGAAGGGCAGUCAUCACCGCUUCAUCACGGAGAAACGAGUCUUUAAGAACUGGGCACGGACAUUCAAUAUUCACUUUUUUCAACCAGACUGGAAACCAGAGUCACUUGCUAUAAAUCAUCCUGAGACUAAACCUAUGUUCUGAGGAAGGGGUACGCCAGACUGAGAUCCCUGGUGUAUCAGACACCAGGCUGCUGGACUUCCUGAGCCCCAGACACGAAAGAGGAACAGACUGGCUGGAAAUAGCGUCACUCCUCAAGAAGUACCAUGUGCAGAUGCCUACAAGACGUGACUAUAGAGCAGUGCAGUUGGCUUCCAGGAAAAUGCCAGAAUUAAUACAUUCUAAUGAGUGUUCUCCUUUCAA